GAAAGAAAUCAAGAAUAGAAGGCACACGAGGGAAAGGGGUGGCAGGUGGCUUUCUUCUGGGAUGAUUGAACUCAUUGGCUCAAAAUUCUAAGUUCCUUGGGCUUGUAUGCCCUCUCGUUUUCGAGUUUGAAGCAGUCGCUCUAACCAGAUUCUUAUUAUAGAUACAAAUCCCGCAUUCGUCUCUCUUCGUCUUUGUUUGGCUUUUUGGUGGCUUGCAAAUCACAAUCCCAAUUAAGCAUCUCUAUAUUUUGUGUGUUGUAGCCGCAAAAUCUCUCUUCUUUCCAUUUCAAUGGAGUGCUAAAGUAAAAAAAGGGGGCGAUGACGAUGACAUAUAUGAGCCACCACCGAUUCUGUAUUUUGUCUCUUUCUUUUUCUCCUCCUGCUCCCCCUCCUCCACUUUAAGAAUUCAAAGUCAACUUUUUUUGCAUAGUCUCUUCUCUCUCUCUCUAACGAACUUGUUUCUUUGAGAGAGAGAGAGAGAAAGGUGAGAUUUGGGUUUAUGGGUUUUGCUUACAUGCUUGUUGCUUUUCAUUCUGUUUAGAGGUUUGUUCACUGAAAUUUUUUGGGGGUUUAUUUUGAAUUUUAUUUAUUUUUAAAGUUAUUCGGUCAAUUGGGUCGUUUUCUUAGGGUUUACUCUUUUUUUUUUGGAUUUAUUUAAAUUAGUGGAUGGAAUAAAAACAUUGAUUUGGUGAUAGGGAUUUUGGGAAUUCCACAGUUCAAUUUCUUCAGAGUAGAGAAAGUAUUUUGCUUACUCAUUUUCUGAUUGGUGAGCAAUCUAUCAUAUAAGGUCAUAUUGGAGGUAAGGAUUUUGGGUUGGUGAAUUGAAUUUCUAUUUGCUCAAAAUUUUCACUACAGUUUUUGAUUGGUAAUUUUAUUGUAGGUGAAAUUUGUUUUUUGAAAUUUCAUUGCUGACUGCAAAUUGCUGGGUUUGUUUGAAUUCGACCAGCGUAAUAAAAAAUUGACUAUAGCGAUCAGUUCCUUCUAGGAUAGUAAAUAACUUUAUCAUUUCUGAGUUUUGUCAUUUCUUUUAUCACUGUCUGGGGUUUAAGGCUCUCUUUGGUACUUAAGGAGUUGUGUUUGUGUUUGGUUCUUUAUAAUGGAUUCAAAAACAAGUGCAAGUGGAGAUGCCGGGGUUAUCGUAGCGGGAGGGAAGUCUUAUAAUUCAAAGGCGAAAGGUACAGGAAGUAUUAGCUGCAAAGAUAUGAUUUUUCGGGCAGAUAAAAUUGAUCUUAAGAGCUUGGAUGUACAACUGGAGAAGCACCUGAGCAGGGUAUGGUCAAUGAAUAUUGAGACCCAAAGGCCUAGAGAAGAGUGGGAGAUCGAUUUGUCCAAAUUGGAUAUAAGGCAUGUGAUAGCCCACGGCACUUACGGGACUGUGUAUCGUGGUGUCUACGAUAACCAAGAUGUUGCAGUGAAGCUAUUGGACUGGGGUGAGGAUGGUAUUGCCAGAACUGCUGAAACCAUUGCUCUGCGGGCAUCAUUUCGGCAAGAGGUUGCUGUUUGGCACAAGCUUGACCAUCCUAAUGUCACAAAGUUUGUUGGAGCAUCAAUGGGAACUUCAAAUCUCCAGAUCCCUGCAAAAGACAUGUUUGAUGGUCAAACUUCCAUCCCUUCUAGGGCAUGUUGUGUUGUUGUUGAGUAUCUCCCUGGUGGGACACUAAAACAGUACUUGAUAAGAAAUAGGCGAAAAAAGCUUGCUUUUAAGAUUGUGAUACAACUGGCUUUGGAUCUAGCUAGGGGACUAAGCUAUCUACAUUCAAAGAAGAUUGUACAUCGUGAUGUCAAAACUGAAAACAUGUUAUUAGAUGCUCAUCGAACUCUUAAAAUUGCUGAUUUUGGUGUUGCCCGUGUUGAAGCUCAGAAUCCCCGGGACAUGACCGGUGAAACUGGUACCCUUGGAUACAUGGCCCCUGAGGUUCUUGAUGGCAAACCAUAUAAUAGAAGCUGUGAUGUCUACAGCUUUGGCAUAUGUUUGUGGGAAACUUAUUGCUGUGAUAUGCCUUACCCUAAUCUUAGUUUUGCUGAGGUGUCAUCUGCUGUUGUUCGACAGAAUCUAAGACCAGAGAUCCCAAGAUGCUGUCCAAGUUCUUUAGCAACCAUCAUGCGGAAGUGCUGGGAUGCAAAUGCAGAAAAACGUCCUGAAAUGGCUGAGGUGGUGAGAAUGUUAGAAAAGAUUGAUACAAGCAAGGGAGGAGGGAUGAUUCCUGAUGACCGGGCACCCAGCUGUUUCUGUUUUGCCCUUGUUCGGGGCCCUUGAGUUCUCUCCGUUUUCAUUUCCUUUGAAAGCACAGAUGGAAUCUUGUCAAGUGGCUGUAGGAUCUUUUUCUGCCUGUCAUUUUCUCACGGUUAUGAAUUCAUAAAGUUCACCUCUUUGUGCAUCUCAAAUUAUGUUCAAGCCUCUCAUAAGACGGCAAAGUAGUGAUGCAACGCAUGGUUUUACGUGGGAAUUGUGAAUGAACCAUUACAUGGGUGCAUUCUGAAGAAGAAAAGCAGGAAGAGUUCUUUACACAAGCCACAAGUCUUCUUCUUUUCCUAGCCAAAAUUGAACUUCCAACCUAGGAACAAAUUUUUCUGGGAGUUAUAUAUCCCUAAUAGAAAUAUUUUGUAACAUAAAACCGGUCUUAGGUUUUGAAUUGUUUUGAUUGAUGGUUUAUACAUAGUAUCGAUGAAUUAUCAUAAAAAGGAAAAUCUGAUUUUAUCAA